AUGCUGGACGGGUGGAGUUUCCACUCGGAGCGUUACGUCGCCGUAUUUUCGGUUUUCGAGCACGACCAGCGCUCUGAGAAGGUUCUCCUGGCAUUGGCUCCAAUCGCGGAUGACGGUGUUGAGGACCAGAUGGCUGAGAGCCACGUCGCCGUCCUGACCGGUAUUCUACCGUUUUUCAAGCGGGACAUUUCCAGCAUCAUCUACCUUGUAGCUGACAAUUGCUCUGUCAACACUAGGUUGGCUGAUUUGCUUCAGGUGCCGUUCAUCGGCUGCGCCAGCCAUCGGCUGAAUUUGGCGGUCAACGUGUACCUCUCCGACUACGAGCCGCUGCUGGAGCAAAUGCAGCAACUCAUGCGAAAGCUGCGAGGACUGAACAAGGCGAAUCGACUGAGGUAA